UUCAGCAAAAACAUCGGUAAUCUCCUCCUCGACGAGGUUCAUUGUAUUCAUACGACUGGGUUCGCUCGCAAGGGCGAGAAGGCUCCCUUUCGUCCUGCAUACGGCCGGCUUAACGAAGUCAGGGCUGUUAUUCCAUCGCUCACCCCAGUCAUGGCGCUGUCAGCAACACUCCCUCCUCCAACCCUCUACACGGUGCUGGACAGUCUGCGUAUCAAUCCAGACUUGAUUAGCAAGAUCUUCCUUUCGACGAACCGUCCCAAC